AUGCCUCUUAUCACUGAGUCCCACGACUCUCUACCAUAUGUCGACGCGGAGCUUUCAACCUCCGAGCGACAAAGCGCAGAGCAGCUCAUAAAAGCAGAGCUAUCUCCAGAACACCGUCAAACACUCCACCCCUCCAUCCCAGCAGCUCCUGAAUUCAAAUUUUCUCCCCUCAUCCAACAAGAAAUUGAACGCAAAACGGCCGGGACACCGAUCACCGGCGGAAUAGACCUUAGUCGUUACGAAGCACCAGAAGCCCCGACUAGCUCAGACGAACCAAAUCUGGCCGAAUGGCGCCAAGCACUUCAAAAAGCCUAUGCAUCAAGCCUGCACCUCUCAAAGCGACAUGAGAACCUUGCUCUUCUCGAAGAGAACGGCAAGAAUGCUUGGCUGAUCGGCAACUCUCAACUAGAAGACAUUCUUCGCGACAUUGAGAAGGAACUUGCCGAAACAAAGCAGGCUACGGAGGAAGUGAACAAGGAGCGAAAGAUUGCGCAAGAGAAUGCUCAGGCAGAGUUGAUCGCUCUGAAUCAAACUUGGCAGACCGGACUCAGCUCUCUUCGGAGUGUGGAGCUAGCGACGGACGGAAUUAAGUGGCAGAUUAUGGGUCAGAGGCGCCAAAUACAGGAGCAACAGGAGCAGCUUUGA